CCUCCCCUUCAGUCUUGCACAGGUGUACAGGCUCCUCCCCUCCAGUCUUGCACAGGUGUACAGGCUCCUCCCCUCCAGUCUUGCACAGGUGUACAGGCUCCUCCCCUUCAGUCUUGCACAGGUGUACAGGCUCCUCCCCUUCAGUCUUGCACAGGUGUACAGGCUCCUCCCCUUCAGUCUUGCACAGGUGUACAGGCUCCUCCCCUUCAGUCUUGCACAGGUGUACAGGCUCCUCCCCUUCAGUCUUGCACAGGUGUACAGGCUCCUCCCCUUCAGUCUUGCACAGGUGUACAGGCUCCUCCCCUUCAGUCUUGCACAGGUGUACCGGCUCCUCCCCUUCAGUCUUGCACAGGUGUACCGGCUCCUCCCCUCCAGUCCUGCACAGGUGUACCGGCUCCUCCCCUCCAGUCCUGCACAGGUGUACCGGCUCCUCCCCUCCAGCCUUGCACAGGUGUACCGGCUCCUCCCCUCAAGCCUUGCACAGGUGUACAGGCUCCUCCCCUCCAGUCUUGCACAGGUGUACAGGCUCCUCCCCUCCAGUCUUGCACAGGUGUACAGGCUCCUCCCCUCCAGUCUUGCACAGGUGUA